UAAAGCCGAAACACUUGCGCGGCUUUAAAUAUACAAAACACUAGAAACUAGUGAAAGGUGUGUUUGUUUCCUGAGAAAAAUGGAGUUAAUUCCGAUUCCAACGGAAACAUACAAAUUAGGGUUUAUAGGAGCUGGCAAAAUGGCUGAAAGUAUAGCAAAAGGCGUCGUUCAAGCAGCCAUUUUACCUGCUUCUCGCAUCUCUACUUCUCACUCCAGACCCAAUCGCUGCUCCGCCUUCCAAUCCUUCGGCGUCAAAAUUCUCCCUCGCAAUCAAGAUGUAGUUGAAGAGAGUGAUGUGGUCAUUUUCUCUGUAAAACCUCAAGUUGUUAAAGAUGCGGUGUUGCAAUUGAAGCCACAUCUCACAAAGAAGAAGCUUUUGGUUUCAGUUGCUGCAGGAAUUAAACUGAAAGAUUUGCAGGAGUGGGCUGGUCACAGCAGAUUUAUUAGGGUGAUGCCAAAUACUCCGGCUGCUGUAGGUGAGGCAGCUACAGUAAUGAGCUUGGGUGGAGCUGCAACUGAAGAAGAUGCAGAAUUAAUAGCAAAAUUAUUUGGAUCAAUUGGUAGUAUAUGUAGAGCUGAUGAGAAGUUGUUUGAUGCAGUAACUGGCCUGAGUGGCAGUGGCCCAGCUUAUGUAUAUUUAGCAAUUGAAGCUUUGGCGGAUGGAGGAGUGGCUGCAGGUCUACCGCGAGAACUUGCCCUUAGUUUAGCUUCUCAAACUGUUUUAGGGGCAGCAUCUAUGGUAGCAAAAACUGGGAAGCAUCCAGGUCAGCUUAAAGACGAUGUUACAUCAGCUGGAGGGACAACUAUUGCCGGAGUUCAUGAACUGGAGAAAGGCGGAUUCCGAGGAAAUUUAAUGAAUGCUGUUGUUGCUGCUGCUAAACGUAGCCGGGAACUUUCCUAGACCUGAAAAAUUGUCCAUAGUACCCAACAUUUAAGCAGUAGGCAAUGACAAAGGUACUAAGCCCUACAUUUUUGAAUUAUUCGCAUUGCCUUAAUAAGAUAAAUGGAGCUGUUAGCAA